UUCUCCUCUCGCGAGAUCUGAUCCGCGUCUGCGGGACAUCCGGGGCUGCCGGUUGGUUUGCGCAGCAGGGCAAGAUGGCGGUGGAGUCGCGGGUCACGCAGGAGGAGAUUAAGAAGGAGCCGGAGAAACCGAUCGACCGGGAAAAGACGUGUCCGCUGCUGCUUCGCGUCUUCACCACCAACAACGGGCGGCACCACCGCAUGGACGAGUUCUCCCGCGGCAACGUGCCCUCCAGCGAGCUGCAGAUCUACACCUGGAUGGAUGCAACUCUGAAAGAGCUGACCAGCUUGGUGAAGGAAGUGUACCCAGAAGCACGGAAGAAGGGCACACACUUCAAUUUUGCCAUUGUUUUUACAGAUCUGAAGAGGCCUGGAUAUAGGGUGAAGGAGAUUGGCAGUACCAUGUCGGGCAGGAAGGGCACAGAUGAUUCCAUGACGUUGCAGUCUCAGAAAUUCCAGAUAGGAGACUACUUGGAUAUUGCAAUCACUCCUCCGAACCGUGCACCGCCCCCAUCAAGCCGCAUGAGGCCAUACUAAGCUACUGCUGCUUUGUAUGGUUAUAUUUCCUGUUUACUCCUACUUGCUGUUCCAAAUCAGGCUUUUUUUUUUUCUUUUGUUGCUAAGCAAGUGCAUCUGAAGGCAAAGCUAAGUACCAGAAGUAAACUUAACUUUUAAACCUUAUCUUUUAGUUUAUUUAGCAGAAGUACUCCUCUCCAGCAGUGCCAUCAUCCUAUCCCUGAUUGUUAGAGCCUGAACAGUAAGUCUGUGCGUCCUAUGUUUCAGGAUUUCUGUAAAAUACAACCAGAAGGAUUACAGAUGUUCUGUAGUUCUGUCUUGUUUGGAAUAAAGAUCAAUGUUAUUAAUCUUU